CAGCUGCCUCAUUUUCAUUCUCUUGGUUCCGUGUUCAUCGUCUAGUGCAAACAACCUUGAAUUAGUGUGACCAAAUAAACAUCUACGUUUCGACGAAUCUACGCAUCGAACUUGGAACCAUGGGUGACCGCUCCAGAGACAGAGGGGCACGCGUGUACGUCGGGGGCCUGAGCGACUCCGUCAAGAAAGAAGACCUCGAAGGAGAAUUCGAGAAGUACGGAAAACUGAACUCCGUGUGGGUGGCUUUCAACCCCCCAGGCUUUGCUUUCAUCGAAUUCAACAGCUUAACGGACGCAGAAACUGCUUGCGAUAACAUGAACGGCACCGAUUUCCUGGGCUCAAAACUGAGAGUAGAGAUCGCCAGGGGCAGGUCCCGUAGGGGCGGACCUCGUGGCGGCGGCGGCAGAGGUGGCGGUGGAGGGUACAGAGGAGGCAGCAGCCGUGGCUAUGGAGGCGGCGGCGGUGGUUAUGGAGGUGGCCGUGGCGGAAGGUCGAGCUACGACAGACGUGACGGAGGUGGCAGAUUCGGAGGGCGAGACUUCGACAGAAGAAGCGAUUCCUUCAACAGAGACAGUUUUGGAGGUCGCAGAGGAGGCGGCGGAGGAAGAUUCGAUGAUAGGUACCGCUCAAGAUCACCAAAUUCCGGGCCGCCAAGGCGUAGAGACUAAGUACUAGCGUAGAAGUAGACUGUAAGUUAAUGAACUGUGUUUAAUUUGGUAGAUGUUUGUUUCAAUGGCUCGCAUUAGUUUUUAAUUGGACCUGUGUAUUGUUAUCCAGUGAGCACGACUCUGAAAUUAAAACUUGGCACUACGUUAUAUUUCAGGAACUAAUAAGUCAACAAACACUGUUAUACUACACAGUUUGUGAAAUCCAAUGCCACUUUUACAGUGGAUUUUUUUAUUAUUUCUGUUGGUGGAUAUUAUAAAAAAAUCUAACCUAACCAAUGCUGGAAUCAACUAGAUUUUUUUAUGUAACUAGAACUGAAUAAUCUGUUACAAUUAAAGUGAGAAAGUUGAAAAGGUGGUCAACUUCUUCUCGUAACUUGUUACUUGAUAAUAGUAGGUUUUUCUGUGUAAAUGUGUUCAUUGGAAAGUGACGAGUUCAACUCGUAACUGUUACGUGCUACUUGCUGAUCAAAUGUAAAUAAAUUCACCUCAAGACAUAUAGAGACUACUCAACUGAAGUGAUGGUAACAUUUGGAACUUACUUUCAAAAAUAUUUUAAAUGGAAAAGUCCGUAGCAAGCGAUCGUUAAAGUAGGUGUCGAAUCAUGAGUUACAGUCACUAAAAGUGUUCCUGAAGUGGUCCAUUUUUCAACAGUUUUGACUCGAUAUGAAUUGUCUCUGAAAAUAAGUGGACGCGCCAAAUUUUUACUUUAGUUUCACGAUCAGCAAAAUGAAAAUUUGUAAUUAUUAUAUUAAAAGUACUUUGGUCUGAAUGAAAGUUUUUCAAAACUGACUAGCGAGUGCUGUUGAAACGAAUGAUUUGCCUUUAUUUUUAAUUUUAAGUUUGGAUCUGGGAAUAACACAAUCUAAUGUACUUGUAAAAUUGUUGUACCAUGGAGGUUGGUAGGGAACGUCUUACAGAUAUAUUGAAAUAUGUUAUUUUGAGGUCUGUUCGGUUUUUUAUUGUUCGAAUAAAAUACUUGAUUUUGCAUUCUGUACAUAUUUUUGUAACGGAACCACUGAUUUUUGUAAUACAUUUUUAUUUUCUUGGAACAGUCAAGUGAAAACUUGAGAAAUUUGUUUCUUGUGGAAUGUAUGUUUGAUUUGCAGAUUUUCAACUGUAACUUGUAUUUAAACAUGAAAUAAAAUUCAGAAAUGAUCUACUCAUGUA